AUGAACGAGGCACUGACUUCCAUCUUCUCCGGCGCAAUCCCUGCUCAAUUCAUGUCCGGCAACCAAUCCAAGGGCGAUAGCCAAAAUGGCGAAACACCCUCCGAAAGCUCAUCUCAGACAAAGGACCGCAUCGUGAAAGAGAUUCAGAGCAGGGUCGAAGAGGCAAAGGGUCUACAAGAGAAAUCUAUCGAACUCCACGAAAAGGCGGAUAAGGAAGAAGACCCCGAACAAGCGGAAAACAUACGUCAUGAAGCGAGAGAAAUCGACAAGAAGGCUGCCAAGCUUAUGAAGACAGCUGAGAGACUCGAGAAGGGAUGGUUGCAGGGCGGUGCAAUGGGUACUGGCAUAGGAGCUGGUGUGGCUAGUGGUUUGGGCAUGGGUGUUGGCGCAUUGUUGACGGGCGUCGUGGCUAUUCCGACCGCUGGGCUCGGAUUGCUUAUCGGAGCCGGGACAGGACUUGCGCAUGGGAGCUGGGUCAAGUUUACGGAUGCGUUCACCAAGGAUGAAGCUGAGAGUAUCGUUAAUGAGGCUGAGGAGGAAGCUGAGAAGAUUGCAAAGGGCUGA